AGCCCCCCUCGGACCCCCACGGCCUCCUCCUGAAGCUCAGACCGGCCCCCUCGGACCCCCACGGCCUCCUCCUGAAGCUCAGACCGGCCCACUCGGACCCCAACGGCCUCCUCCUGAAGCUCAGACCGGCCCCCUCGGACCCCCACGGCCUCCUCCUGAAGCUCAGACCGGCCCACUCGGACCCCCAUGGCCUCCUCCGGAAGCUCAGACCGGCCCACUCGGACCCCAACGGCCUCCUCCUGAAGCUCUGUUCCAGAGUCCGUCCUCUCGAUAACGUCCUUCCAGAGCUCCGCCUCCUGUCUCCUGACCCCCUGCUCCUCGCCGCGGCCCUGGACCUGUUGAGGAAGACGCAGGGCAGCGGACGUGGCAGGAAGAGGCGGGGGGCCUGCAGCUCCGGGAAGAGGCUUGAGAAGCGGCUCCGCGGAGCCAUGCGGACCGCCAGGCGGGCCAGCAACGUGGAGGUGCCCUCCUUCCUGCGCCAGCUGGCCAAGGAGACCGAGAAGAUGGUCACCUUCUUCUUCAAGGGGGGGCCGCGAGAACGGGACGCGGGCGAGGACCGGGACGCGGACGGGGAGGACGCGGCGCCCAGCCCCUACCUGGACCGGCCCGUCCUGGAGAAGGUGGUGGCGGAGGGGGGGUGCGGGCGGGGCACCAGCUACGCCGUGGCCAGCAUGCAGGGCUGGAGGAGCUCCAUGGAGGACGCCCACACCUGCCUGCCCGCUCUGAAGGCCCCUCUGGCGGCCUGGAGCUACUACGCCGUGUUCGACGGCCACGCCGGCAGCAGCGUGGCCCAGUACUGCUCCAGGAACCUGCUGGACCACAUCCUGGCCUCAGGGGCCCUGCGAGAGGAGGAGGACCCCGAGGAGGUGAAGGAGGGGGUGGGCAGUGCCUUCCUGGCGCUGGACUCCCACAUGCACCAGCUGACCCGGCGGGACGACUGGGAGCGCAGCGGAUCCACGGCGGCGGCCAUCCUGAUCUCGCCGCACCACCUCUACUUCAUCAACUGCGGCGACUCGCGCACCCUGCUGUGCCGCGACGGCGCCGUGGCGUUCUACACCGAGGACCACAAGCCCUGCAACCCGCGGGAGCGCGAGCGCAUCCAGAACGCGGGCGGCUCCGUGACGCUGCAGCGCGUCAACGGCUCGCUGGCCGUGUCCCGCGCCCUGGGGGACUUCACCUUCAAGGAGGUGGGCUGGCGGCCUCAGACGGAGCAGCUGGUGUCCCCGGAGCCCGAGGUGUACGAGAUGGAGCGCAGCGCCGACCGCGACGAGUUCCUCAUCCUCGCCUGCGACGGCGUCUGGGACGCCAUCGGCAACGAGGAGCUGUGCGCCUUCGUGAGGAGCCGGCUGGUGGUCUGCGAGGACCUGAGGGAGAUCUGCUGCCAGGUCCUUGACCUCUGCCUCUACAAGGGAAGCCUGGACAACAUGAGCAUCAUCCUGGUGUGUUUCCCUGGCGCCCCCCAGCUGUCCCAGAAGGCACUGCAGGAGGAGGCGGCGCUGGAGAAACAGAUCGACCUCACAGUGGGCGACAUCAUCGCGUUGAUCAGGUCCAGGAACGAGGAUCCUGACCUGCUGUACGUCAUCAAGUUCCUGACGGCGGAGAACCUGGAGGGGCUUCCACCAGGGGGCGGGGUCAUCAGCAAGCGCGACUGCAUCAUCGCUGCCUACCAGAAGCACAUCCUGGCUGGGAAGAGCCAGGAGCCAAUGGACGUCGUCCAGGAGGAGCCGGAGAAAGACUCCAGCUCCAGUGAAUGAUCCUGGGGACCUCCACCCUGAGGACCUCCACCCUGAGGACCUCUGAGGACCUCCACCAUGAGGACCUCCACCAUGAGGACCUCCUCCCUGGAGACCUCCACCCUGAGGACCUCCACCCUGAGGACCUCUACCCUGAGGACCUCCAACCUUGGGUCCUCCACCAUGAGGACCUCCACCCUCUGAGGACCGCCACCCUCUAAGCACCUCCACCCUGAGGACCUCCACCCUGAGGACCUCCCCCCUCUGAGGACCUCCACCCUGGGGACCUCCACCAUGAGGACCUCCACCCUCUGAGGACCUCCACCCUGAGGACCUCCACCCUCUGAGGACCUCCACCCUCUGAGGACCUCCACCCUGAGGACCUCCCCCCUCUGAGGACCUCCACCCUGAGGACCUCCCCCCUCUGAGGACCUCCACCCUGAGGACCUCCACCCUCUGAGGACCUCCACCCUGAGGACCUCCACUCUCUGAGGACCUCCACCCUCUGAGGGCCUGGUCCCGGUUCCUGGUCUGAGUCGGACCCUGCGUCCUCAGCUCCAGGUUGAGGUCUGCUCAGAGAACCGGCCAAUCAACUCCUGUUCAGAGAGGCUCAGAGAGCGGGUCACUUCCUGUUCAGAGAGGCUCAGAGAGCGGGUCACUUCCUGUUCAGAGAGGCUCAGAGAGCGGGUCACUUCCUGUUCAGAGGGGGCUCAGAGCUCUGGGUCACACCGAGCGUCUCCACCAAUCACAGCCCACAGACUUCUUUUCUUGGUACAAUAA